AUGGCCAACCAGAGUGGGGUCACAGAGUUUUUCCUCCUGGGAUUUCCGGGACUCCCGGAAAAAUACAAUGCCAUCCCUUCCUCCAUUAUGUUCUUGGUUUAUAUCCUGUCAUUGUGCGCCAACAGUACCGUCUUAUGUUUGGUCAUUGUGAAAGAGACUCUACACGUGCCCAUGUACAUACUGGUCGGAUACCUGGCCCUUUCUGACCUGAUCUCGGAUGUGGCUACUUUGCCGAAAAUCAUCGCCCGCUAUUGGUUUCAGGCCGGCUCCAUCUCCUUCUCCGCCUGUUUUUUCCAAAUGUUUCUUUUCCAUUAUCUCAAUUCACUUGACUCCUUGAUUAUCAUGCUGAUGGCUUUCGAUCGCUUUGUUGCCAUUUGCAAACCACUUCAGUAUCAAACCAUCGUCACCACCAAGCUUGUCUUUUCUCUCUCUUUCAUUGUUACACUUCUGGCCGCUUCCGUCGGCAUUUACUGCGUAAGGUGUGGACUGGUUCUUAGUUACUGCGGCCCCAACAAAAUCAGGAACAUUUUCUGCGCUGUGACCUCGGUGUCAGUGUUAUCCUGCAUGGACUCCCUUCCCAUCAGGGAGGAGAUGUCCUUUUUAGCUAUCGGCAUACACAUGGUUCCGUUGGGAUUUAUCGCUUUCUCUUAUGCCAUCGUAAUCUCCAAGCUCUGCACGGCGGUCCGAUCGGAAGGCUGGAGGAAGGCGUUUUACACUUGUACCACGCACUGGUUCGUCAUCACGUUGCACUUCAUCCCGCGUGUGGUGGUCUAUUCCUACAACCGCGCUCAGUUGAUUCCGAACGCCGACGUGAACAUCUUGCUCAUUUGCCUGUACACCUACAUCCCCCAUGUGUCCAGCCCGAUCAUAUUUUGUCUUCGAACUGAGGAGAUAAAAAGGGUCAUGGGAAAGGUCAUAGGAAAUUUUAGAAAUGUUAUUAUGACACCCGGAGUAUAUAAAUAA